GGGCCCGGGGCGGCGAGCGGCCUGCGGCCGGCCGGAGGAGGCGGGACGGCGGCGGCACGCCCCUGGGCGGGGGCGGCGCCGGGGCGGGCCCGGGGUGGAGUCCGCCCCGCCGGCGGCGAUGGGCAGCGGGACACCGGGCCAAGCUGUGGCCGGAGGGCGUCUUUCCCUCGGGCCUGGCCCUCCGCGAGCGGGACGCCACCGCAAAAUGGCGGCCGCGAGCGCGAGGCUGCGCCCAGCGAAAUGGCGGGAGUGCCGGGUGCCCGGAUGGAGUGGCGCAGGGCGUGCGCGGGGCGCAUGCGCGCGGCGGUGGGCGGGGCCACGCUGCGUGGCCAGGGCCGCCGCUCCGGGUCUCCCGCCGGAGUCGCGCGAGGGCAGCGCAGUUGCGGCGCCCUCCCAGUUCCGCAAGUUAGGGUCCGAGAAGCGCGGCCCGCCGCGCCUUCUGGCUUGUGUUUCCGGAGCUACCUGGCGGGGUUUCUCCCAGCCCGUAAAGAGUCGGCUCGAGUUGGCAUCAGCCCCACAUGUCAGGCUGCACGUGGAGGCCCCGCCCAGCUGCCCCGCGCGCGGUGCCCAGCCCCCCAGCCCUCGCGGGCGCCCCACAGUGGACCAAGCACUUCGCCACGCCCCGCCCCGAUGCUCAGGCUGGGGGUUGGGUUCCUGCUCACCGGGGGGGGCCCCGAGGAGCGCUGCGGAGCCGGGGUGCGGCCCCGGCCGUCCCAGUCUGGGGGGCGGGCUCUGCGCAGAGUAGGGCGAGGGGUCCAGGGCGGGCAAGGGGAGGGCCUCCUUGAACUUCGCAGCCCCGGGGGUGGAUGGGAGGUGGGCAGACAGGGCGUUCCCAUUCACCCCACAAGCCGGUGUCGUCUGUGUAAGGGGGGGUGCGGUGGAGUCCCUGGAGGAUCUCAGGGAGGAUUU